GCUCUCUCCCCCUUCCAUCCACGCACCGCCCAAUCUACCUCACCUCGGCUCCCCGACAAGACAUGCCGUCAGGACCGUCGCCGCCGCUGUCGUCUUCGGGCGCCGCGCCUCCGGGCACCGGCGCCAUGUCCACCACGGACAGCCGCGAGGAGGCCACGGCCGGCUGCCUCCCGGCCGACCAGUCCUGCUUCGCGCUGGUCUCGGCAGCAGGGGGCGCGCCGGCGUAUGCCUCGCGCCGCGCCGCCGCCCGCGCGUGCUGCACCACCACCUCCUACAUCGUCGUCCUCGGCAUCAGCUUCGGCUCCCUCCUCGCCAUCCUCGUCAUCCUCUGCGUCAUCCGCUGGUACCUCGUGCACCGCUCCGCGCGCCAGCAGGAGGAGGAGCUCGAGGCGGCGUCGGCUCCCGCGCCGGGAGGGCUCGCCAAGAAGCGGGCCGCGGGGCUCGACGCGGACGCCAUCGCGGCGCUGCCCGAGUUCGUGUAUCUGAAGGAGGACGGGGUUAGCGGCGAGGAGGAAGAGGCGGAGUGCGCGGUGUGCCUGGCCGUGAUGGCGGAAGGGGAGGCGGCGCGGCGGCUGCCCAGGUGCAUGCACGUCUUCCACCGGGGCUGCGUCGACGUCUGGCUCAGGGAGCACUCCACGUGCCCGGUCUGCCGCGCCGAGGUGCUCGUCGUCAGGCCCGCCGGAGGGGAGUGCGCCAAGAAGGAGCAUGAGGGCAGCACGUCGCGGCCGCUCGCCCCACCGCCGGUGGUGAGCGGCGACGGCGAGAGGGACCUGGAAGCGCAGCAGUAUUAAUUUGGGUUCGGCUCGUAGGAAGUAUGGUUGUUAAUUUCUUUUCUUUUUUUCAUUUUCUUUUGCGUGUGUGUGUUCGUACUUCGUAGCUUUAACAUGUAGGGCGUGUGUGGUUGGGAAUUAUUAGUGACUGGUGAGAGUUAUUGGCAGGAGGAUGCUUGUAACUGCUGUAGCAUUGUAUAUGAAAAUAAAUUAGAAGGGAAUGUGUAUGAAAAUAAAUUAGUACAA